UGAGGAGUUGAAUGCACGCGGUGUUUCUUCACUUCCUGGUUUAAAGAUGGCGGAUGAGAAUGAGACAGCACCGAAGCCGGAGAAAGAAGAGGAGGUAGAAGAAGACCAUGGACAUUGCAGUGAUUGCGAAAAUGAAGAGCAUCACUUUGAUGAUGGUGACAAGGUCCAGGGAGAUGACAGUGGCGCCAAGAAGAAGAAAAACAAAAAGAAGAAGAAGAAGUCUGGGGCAAAUAAAGAACCUGCAGAGGAGGAUCCGCUAGGCAAGUCUUUCUUUCUCUCUACACAGGUGAACUCGCUGCCUGCUGAUAAGCUGCAGGAGAUCCAAAAGGCAAUUGAACUUUUCUCUGUAGGCCAGGGCCCUGCCAAAACCAUGGAGGAGGCAAGCCGACGCAGCUACCAGUUCUGGGACACACAGCCCGUCCCCAAGCUAGGGGAGAUGGUGACAUCACAUGGUUCCAUCGAGCCUGACAAAGACAACAUCCGGGAGGAGCCCUACAGCCUUCCUCCAGGCUUCACGUGGGACGCCUUGGACCUGGGCAACGCCGCUGUGCUGAAGGAGCUGUACACUCUGCUCAAUGAGAACUACGUGGAGGAUGAUGACAACAUGUUCCGCUUCGACUACUCCCCAGAGUUCCUGCUCUGGGCUCUGCGCCCCCCCGGCUGGCUGCCCCAGUGGCACUGUGGGGUGAGGGUAAACUCCAACCAGAAGCUGGUGGGCUUCAUCAGUGCCAUCCCUGCCAACAUCCGCAUCUAUGACCAAGAUAAGAAGAUGGUGGAGAUCAACUUCCUGUGCGUCCACAAGAAGCUGCGCUCCAAGCGGGUAGCGCCAGUCCUGAUCCGAGAGAUCACCAGACGGGUCAACCUGAAGGGCAUCUUCCAGGCUGUCUACACCGCUGGUGUGGUACUGCCCAAACCUGUGGGCACCUGCAGGUACUGGCAUCGCUCUCUGAACCCACGCAAGCUGAUCGAGGUGAAGUUCUCUCACCUGAGCCGGAACAUGACUAUGCAACGCACCAUGAAGCUGUACCGUCUGAAUGAGUCCCCAAAGACGUCUGGCUUGCGGCCGAUGACCAGGAAGGAUGUCCCGGCCGUGCAUCGCCUGCUCCUGGAGUACCUGAGCCAGUUCCACCUGGCCCCUGUCAUGAGCCCCGAGGAGGUGGAGCACUGGCUGCUGCCCCAGGAGAGCAUCAUCGACACCUACCUGGUCGUAUCCUCUGGAGGCAAGGUGACGGACUUCCUGAGCUUCUACACGCUCCCCUCUACUAUCAUGAACCAUCCAGUGCACCGCAGCCUCAAGGCAGCCUACUCCUUCUACAACGUGCACACCACCACCACCCUGCUGGACCUGAUGUCUGACGCACUCAUUCUGGCCAAGUCGAAAGGGUUUGACGUUUUCAAUGCACUGGACCUGAUGGAGAAUAAGACUUUCCUUGAGAAGCUCAAGUUUGGCAUCGGAGAUGGGAAUCUACAGUAUUAUCUGUACAAUUGGAAGUGUCCUAGCAUGGGAUCAGAGAAGGUUGGCUUAGUACUACAGUGACAUCCUCCACCCCCCCACCCCCCCACUGAGCGUCACAGUUAGGCCAGGAGACCACAAAACGCACUGACCACCUGACAGAUGGACCGAUGGACUUCCUGCUUCAGGAAAGAGAACCCACCGCCCAUUUUUACUUAUUGACCUUUGACCUGCACUACUGCUGCCAGGCAGGGAGUCGGGGGAGUUGGUCCUUCUCCACGCUCUCUCUCUCUCUCUCUCCCUCCCAUCACAUGGACCUUAAGCCAUUUUAGUUACCAUCCCAACUGAAGUCUGUCAUGAUUGUACUAGAUAUCUUAUACACACACUGCACAAUUCGCCAAAUAACACACACGUGUAACUACACAACAUACAUGUACAGUAAGACCGACAUGACAGGAAAAUUAUACUAACACAUACUGACCCAGGGGUGGGCAACUCCAGUCCUCCGGGGCCUGAUUGGUGCCACAUUUUGUCUUCAUCCCUAGCAAACACAGCUGAUUUAAUUAAAUUGCAUUCUAAACUGAAAAUCGUGAUUAUUGGAGUCAGGUGUGUUAGCUGUGGCUGGGGCAAAACUGGAACACCAAGCAGGCCCUCGACUGGAAUUGCCCACCCCUGCACUAGACGCUAACAUUUUAUAUUCAUUCAUGUGUGCAAUGCGCUUUUUCAAAACAAAUCUCUCAUCAUCCCCGAAGUACAGUGUUGGAGAAUAAAAAAUCAAAACAAUCAAAAACAUUUAAAAAGGAAGAAGAACUAAAAAAAAAAAAAAAAAGAUAAGG